ACUGCUAGUCACAUUCAAGGCCGCCACGGCGGCGGCGAGAGGUUGUCCCCGCAGCUGUCCCAGUCCACUGACGUCGCCGAUCUCCGCGAGAGACAGAGGUCAAGGUGCGGCCACGUCUUGGGGCGGCAGACAGCUCAAGGCCCGUUGGCCGCUGGCUCAUCCAGUUGGCGAUGGAACGGCUACCGUUGCUGCUGCUCUGCUCCCUGCUCCUCGCGGCGAAGGCAGCUGUGCGCGAGAGGGAGGAUCCCCCGUCGGCCGGAUGCCAACUGGGCGCCAAGCUGUUCGGACACGGGGCCCGCGUGCCCCGCUCGGACCCGUGCGAGCGAUGCCUCUGCUUCGCGGCGCAGGUGAUCUGCUGGCAGGAGAGAUGUCCCAACCAAACACGGCCGGGAUGCACCGAGCGUCGGAUGCCCGGAGUCUGCUGCCCGGCUCUCGAAUGCAGUGACACCACCACACCCGAGAAAGCAGUGCCGGCUGCAGCAGCAGAGCCCGAUCCAAUACGACCCGAGCCGGUCGUGGUGGAGGCCGCUCUUCACGGAGAAGGCCACCACCAGCAGGGUUGCGUUCUGGGCGGACAGCGGUUCGCGCUGGGAGACCUGGUGCCUCGGGCCUCGGGUCCCUGCAUGCAGUGCCGCUGCGCCGACGGCCCCCGGCUGCUGUGCAGGGCCACGCCGUGCGCGGGGCCCGUCAUGCUGGGCUCCUCCUCGCCUCGCCGCCCACCGCCGCCGACGCACACCGUGCGCCGGAUAGCGCCCACCCUGGUGCUGCCCUGAGGACCGGCCGGCGUCCAGGGAGUCACCCGGAGGUCUCCAGACACGCCGUCCCCGAUCAUAACCCACAGCCGUCUUCUGGAAAUCCAAGGCGGCAGCCGAUAUUCUAGAAGCUGAAUGAGCCGCCCAAGGUCGUCGAGGGUCACCAUAAGUCGACCGCUGCUUGUCAUUCCGCGGGUGAUGCGGCAAUGCGCAGAUAUCGAACUCUGGACUCCAAUAGCAAUGCCUCUUUCUCGUCCCGUUUUAUUUCGCGCUAUUUUCAGCUACGAAUAGGUACCAAACAGCAUAGGCGUGCGCAGGGCAUUAGAGGGGGGAAAUGUUUCACCGCAGUGUCCUCUUAUUGGUCGAGUCUGAAGACAACAAGAUGCGCAAUGGAUGCAAAAGUGAAAAAUGAAGCCAUGACGUGCUUCUCACAAUGGCCUGCCUUCUUGGUCUUUCCGAGGAUAAAGGUGGUGGAAGUGGAAGGCAACAUCAGGGCUUCUCGGUUGCCAUUAUUGUCAAAAACCUUCAUGGCCAUAACCCUGCACAUUAUACCCAAUGACGCGACAGGUCCGUCUGAGUAAGGAUGUGGGGGCAGACUUGACGCCCCCUCGUGCGCACGCCUACGCCAAACAGGUUAAAUUCAGGUCCUUCUAUAGUACGGUAAUGCUGCUUUCCGAAACGAGUAGAACUUGCAGAGAAUUCCUCAGAUAGUAUGCCAUAAGGAAUAUCACACUGACCAUCACGAGCACGCCACGUGCAACGAACUCUUACAUCAUAUCCGCCAGCUUUCCGUACAGGCGUGAUUUAUGUACCAUCACACUUCUCCUGACGCUUCAGCUUUUUGCAUGACCCGAAGUAUAUCGCUGGACGAGAAAGCCCAUGGUCGUAGUGAGGACCAGUAGCUAUAUACGCAACGUCAACGCGCUAAUUCUUGUCCUCGCUAUCGCGAUAAGUCGGCACCUUGAAGGCGUGAAUUCUGUGAAGGGGCUCGUCAUUUUCGUUUCACUCGCCCUCUAUAAUGCGGCUCGAAGAAGUUGUAUAGCCAAAUCGUUAAGACUUCCAUUCCCGCAAGAAAAAAAGAAACUAAGUAUCUGAGACGGGCUGCAGAAUCAGUUUCACCAACGUAAGUGUAUACAGUGUGUUGAACUGGACUAGAGUCAUCCGCUUCAGGAGAGACACGAGUGUCCUGUCAAGAUCCCGUCAAACUAAGAGAGCGUACUUACACGUAUUCGCAAACCACGCAAGUUGUUGCGCUCACGAACGCCUCGGAUGAGAGAAAACUUCGGUGGCCACUCACAUUUUAUGGAAUAUCGGCAAUCAUGAGCCCGAGUUACGAUAUUAUGGACUGCGGUUUCGUGCGACCGUCAUGCUUUAUCGCCGUUUCAUUGAAACCACACAAAACCCUCCUUCAUCGUGUCACCUCUAUGAGAUAUCCCACCUAUUCGGAUGUCCGUUUACACACCGCGUAGGAAGUUUAGAAGUCGAUCAUUUGGGACGGACCCAAUGUUGAACUUCCUUAGAGAAGUAACCAUACAGCGGUCAUGAUCGUAAUGCAGAGUGCAGGCCAUUCAGGGUAGUGAUAUGUCUCAACAGUUGUCUUACAUGCAUACGCGUGCGCCGCUGUGUUCCCACUAGGGGGGGUCUCACCGCAGCCCGGAUGUGGGGGAGAAUGCUGGCGACGACCGCACACAGGUCGGGGACGGCCACGAGACCUGGGAGGAUGCCGGGCGAGAGACGGGGACGUUUUCUUCACGGAUAUCGUGGCAAGACUCCCAAGAAGUAUGCCACAAUGUAAUAAAAUGACAAUCUGUA